UGUCCCUUUUUCUCCUUGUCAAGUUACUUCUCCGAAGCGUCUCAGCACUUUGUGAUAUCUCUACAUUCAAGAUGGCCUCUGCUACCCGACAGUUUGCCCGCGCGGCCACUCGUGCCACUCGCAAUGGCUUCGCUAUUGCUCCCCGACAGGUUAUCCGUCAGCAGGGUCGCCGCUACUACUCUUCCGAGCCCGCACAGAAGUCCUCUUCGGCAUGGAUUUGGUUGACAGGUGCUGCCGUUGCUGGAGGUGCUGGCUACUACUUCUACGGCAACAGUGCUUCUUCUGCUACCGCCAAGGUCUUCAACCCUAGCAAGGAGGACUACCAAAAGGUUUACAACGAGAUUGCCGCUCGCUUGGAGGAGAAGGACGACUACGACGAUGGCAGCUAUGGUCCCGUUCUAGUUCGUCUUGCCUGGCACGCCAGUGGCACCUACGACAAGGAGACUGGUACCGGUGGCAGCAAUGGAGCUACCAUGCGAUUCGCUCCUGAGUCUGACCACGGUGCCAACGCCGGUCUGGCCGCUGCCCGUGACUUCCUUCAGCCUGUCAAGGAGAAGUUCCCUUGGAUCACCUACUCGGAUCUCUGGAUCCUUGCCGGCGUUUGUGCUAUCCAGGAGAUGCUGGGUCCCGCUAUCCCUUACCGACCUGGCCGUUCCGACCGCGAUGUCUCUGGCUGCACACCCGAUGGCCGUCUUCCUGACGCUUCCAAGCGCCAGGAUCAUCUCCGCGGUAUCUUCGGCCGUAUGGGUUUCAACGAUCAAGAAAUCGUUGCCCUCUCUGGUGCCCACGCUCUGGGCCGAUGUCACACCGACCGUUCCGGCUACAGUGGCCCUUGGACUUUCUCCCCCACUGUCCUGACCAACGACUACUUCCGCCUCCUCGUUGAAGAGAAGUGGCAGUGGAAGAAGUGGAACGGCCCUGCUCAGUACGAGGACAAGUCCACCAAGUCUCUCAUGAUGCUUCCCAGCGACAUUGCUCUUAUUGAGGACAAGAAGUUCAAGCCUUGGGUUGAGAAGUACGCCAAGGACAACGACGCUUUCUUCAAGGACUUCUCCAACGUCGUCCUCCGACUAUUCGAGCUCGGAGUUCCUUUUGCCCAGGGUACCGAGAACCAGCGAUGGACCUUCAAGCCCACCCACCAGGAAUAAGAUACUGAUGAAUGUCGGCCAGUGCCUUGCUGAAUUUACGUGGGAAUUGAAUUUGGUCAUCAUGUUAAUCGAUGAACCGGGAGAGCGAUAUUCGGAGUUUGGUUGCGAUCGUUAGAUACUGGCUUAGAAUGCCAGGCUAUUAUAGACCACGAUUUGGGAUUCAACUGUAGAAGCAUGCCACUGCAUGAGAAUCUUGUAUGGCAGGGAUCAAAAUAAAUUUCCUUUAACCUUCG